GGACUUCUGUCUCCUCUCCAAACUGUUGUACAAUAUUUACCAAAGGGAAAGUUUUAUCAUAAAUCAUUGUCUUUCUUUACCUGUUUAAGAUGACGGAUGGAGCUGUACUUAAAAGGCAUCAAUACAGAGGAGAUAAGGUGUAAUGCACAAAGAUGUCGCAGAUGUCUUCCGUGAUUGGAUUAGUCUGUGUAUGAGUCAUCCUCCUCUGGACAUCAUGUUGUACAUCGCUCACACAGCCCACUGGCAGUUCUUGGCUCUGGUUUUGGGGUUCCUCUCUUGGAUCAUCACUUUGGCCACUCUCGGGCUGGAUGAAUGGAGAGUGUGGUUUGUCAACAACACGACAGUCAUCAACUCCGGAGUGGCCUGGGUCGGGAUUUGGAGAAUAUGUUUCUACAGCCAUGUACUGUCUGAAAUUGAAUAUUGCCAGUACCUUAGUAUCACAGAAUCAUUUUUACCCACAGAGAUCAAACUAGGGCAAGUGCUAAUGAUGCUGGCUGUGAUUACUGGAUUAACUGGGAAUGGGAUUGCUGCUUAUGGAAUAAGAAUGGCAUACUUUUCUGUCAAAAAUCGUAGCAGAAUUAAGAUUGUCUUUCUCCUAGCUGGGAUUAUAUAUUUGUUUACUGGUUUUUGCACAUUGCUGCCAAUAGCUUGGAACUUGAACUCUAUCCUCAACAAUCGCACAAUAGACUUUCCACCAGAGUACCACUUUCCUGCCACUCCAGUCAGUCAGAAAGUGGGGAGUGCCAUUGGAGUGGGCUUUUUUGCCUCAGUGCUAAUGCUUUUAAGUGGUCUGACUUUCUUGUGCUAUCGCUAUGCCUGGCAAACGCUAAAAACAGAGACCCCAAAAGACCCGCUGGACCCUCUGUAUGGUCCCUGGACUCAAACAAGCCUCGGAUCGAGCUCGACACAACAGCCCAAUGGAGGAAACAAGGACAGAGAUAAUCCAGCUUUUCAUUUGGAAGAAGUGUCAAGUGAUGGGAAAACCUUUUAAAAUGGAACAUAGACUGAAUUGUUUUUAAGGAUAAAUCUAUGUGGAUUAAGUGGAAUUACAGCCAGAGAGAAGUAACAAUAGUCAAAAGAUACAGCGUUUUUGCAAUAAUUAACAAAGCUCAAUGAAACAAGCAAAUCAGGAAAGUAGCAUGACAAAACACAUUUUAUUUUUAUGCUAUGCCAACAAUUGCAACCUUUAACCUAAUCUAAAAAUGUUCCCGGUCUGCAGUAGUCCAACGAAGAAAAGAUCAUUACUAUUACUUAUACCCUAGUUCAGGCACAGUUCUAGGCAAUAUGUUCAUUGCGGGAUUGGGGUCACGCCUUGGUGGUGGUCAGUCUGCAAUUAAAUAGUAGAUCAACUGUGGAAAAAUUGUUAGCUACAACUCCGUGUUCUUUGUGUUUUGCUAGUUUAUGGAGACACCUCU